CAAAAUACCUACAAGCAGUACUUUCGUGCCCUUUGCAUCGGUCAUUUCCAUCUUCGUCGUUUUAGCAUCUGCCUUUUCUCUGCCAUUGACUUUGAUUCUUGCCCUGCGUUUAUUGUAUCACCAUGUGAAUGCUUUUCCGAUAUCUCUAGAAAGGCUGUUCAUUUCUUCCAAGUUCCAGAAAGCGCAUUUUGAUUGAAGAUCCGCUAGUUCGCGAUAGCAACACCAAGAACCGAGGCGGGAAGGAAAAAAAGAAGCUACUAUAGCCCGAGAAGCUAUCUCUCUACCUUUUCCACAUACAUACUGCUUAUAACAACGACAACAACCCGGCGAUAGGAGGGAGAGAAAGACGCGCGCGCUGCCACAACAGCAGCCAAAGCCUCUCCUCCAAAAUGGCGCUCUCCAUCCAGCGCUUCCUGCCCUUCGCGGCCUCGACGACUCCCACGCAGGCCGCCACGUACCUGCUGGGCAUCUCGCUCUUCUCCAUCUCGUUCCUCGUCUUCCUCAACAGCUCCGUCUCCUUCGUCAUCACCGACCUGAUCGGCCAGAAGAACGGCGUGGGCGACGUCGUCGGCACGCUGGGCUUCGCCGACGAGAUCGUCGCCCUGGUGGCGUGUCCUGCCUGGGGCCUCAUGUCGGACCGCCUGGGCGUGCGGUGGGUGGCCGUCAUUGGGUACACGAUUGUCGCUGUGUCGCUGGCGGUCUUUGUGCAGGCGAGGAAUGUGUAUCCGCAGCUGCUGCUGGCGCGGAUCCUGUUUGCGGUGGGAGCAUCGGCUACGGCUACCAUGGUCACUGCCAUCCUCCCUUCGUUGACAAACGAAGAGGAAGACAUUCGUAACAGCGCUCUUGAGCGAGCCAAGGCCGCUCGCGCCCGCCGUCGCAGUCGCAGCUCGUUUGCGCGCUUGAGCGCCGCCUUUUCCGUCGAUUCUGAAGUCACCAUUACGCCAGAGGCCUAUUCGCGAUCGCUGCCCACCGGCGAGGGAGCAUCAUCCUCAGACGCGCAAGGCCGGUCGGGAAAAUCAUCUGUGCUGGCGGGUUACGUCGGUCUUUUCACUGGGUGCGGCGCGCUGCUGGCGCUGUCGUGCUUUUUGCCCCUGCCGGCUAGGUUUGGAGAGAUUGACGAGGUGACUCCCGGCGAAGCUGUGACUUAUAGCUUCUAUGUUGUCGGCGCCAUUGCCCUGCUCGUUGGCAUCUUUGUCUUCUUUGGGCUGCGCAAUCUCCAAGGAGAGGAAGGCAAGGGAUGGCGAUUGCUGUUCGGGCUCAAGAGUCAGGAUGAAUCUACCGGCGCAGGUUACUCUGGCAGAUCUCAAAACAAGGUCAUCCCGUACCUGCAUCUCAUGAAGGACUCAGUGCUCCUUGGCUUCACUGACUCCCGGAUCGCGCUUGGCUACCUCGGUGGCUUCGUCGCUAGAGCUUCCACGGUUGCCAUCUCGCUCUUCGUCCCGCUCUACAUCAACACCUUUUUCAUUGGCAACGGAUUUUGCCAAGGUUCGCCAAACGACCCUUCUCCAGAGCUGAAGAAGGAAUGUCGCCAGGCAUAUGUCCUCUCUUCCAUUCUGACCGGCGUGGCGCAGCUUAUGGGCUUGAUCUGUGCUCCCAUCUUUGGCUAUCUGUCUCGCCAUCCGGGCAGAGUCAACUAUCCCGUCGUCGUGGCCACCGUCAUGGGAAUUGUGGGCUACAUUGUGUUCCCACAGCUUUCAAGCCCAGAGAUCAAGGACGUUGAUGGCCGAGGCGGCACCCCUUACAUCUUCGUCAUCGUAACCCUCAUUGGCAUUAGCCAAAUCGGAUCCAUCGUCUGCAGCCUGGGCUCCCUCGGCAAGGGCGUUCUCGCCGUCGAGAUUCCGCGCGCUGCCCGCCGCCCACACGCCAUCGCCCCUGAUGCGGACGAAUCUGCCGAGACGGAGCCCCUGAUCCGUAUUGUCACGGAAGAGGAGUUCGUAUCGCGGCUGCGCCUCAAGGGCUCCAUUGCGGGCGUGUACUCGCUUUGCGGCGGCGCAGCAAUCCUGAUUCUAACUAAACUAGGUGGCUACCUGUUCGAUACGGUGUCUAGUGGCACGCCGUUUUAUAUGAUGGCUGGAUUUAACGGUGUUUUGCUUCUUGCGACGCUGCUGGUUGAUGCGUCGCAGACGUUUUCGAGGAAUAAUUAGCAAACUAAUUGGUUGAUUGCAAUUAGGGGGCUGAUUGAUAAAGAAGGAGAUGGAUGGGAAGCAAGCACGAAAGAAAGAAAGAAGGAAAGAAGUGAGUUUUGUUUCCGUGAUAUAAAGCAAAAACAGAACGAUACAGCGUUUGUGAUUCUCUUUGAUGGAUACCAUUUUGAUUAUUUUCGAUAUACCUUUUUUUUUUCUGAGUGCCCCCCUCCUUUUUGCAUGAGAAUUUCCUGUGUCCCUUUAUUUUUUCCAUUUUUCUACUGAUUUUGCUCUCACGUUGUGUAUAUAUGAAAGUAGCGUUUCGUUUGUCUUGAUGAAGCAAGAUUGAAUACAACAAAAAUUGACAGAUUAUUAUUUGCU